ACCAGCCUGUGCACGCCGCCGCAGCCAGGCGAAGUGUCGGGCACGCCUGUCGGCGGCGCGCACGCUGCUACCGGCGCUCUCGGGAGCGCGCAAGUCGCCGCCUGCCUUCCAUUGGUUUGAUGUCGGUGAAAGGAGGGAGCGGUUUAGGGGCUGAGAUAAUAUGAGGGUGAGGUGCUUCUGGAGCUGGGACAGAGGCCUCUGUCUGUCUGCCCUUUCAGUCGGCGGACGGGUGUGGAGCUUGUGAGAGUUAUUUGGCAUGGCAGCAGAGGAAAAAAUCCCAUCAGCUUUGGGCCUUGGGAAUGAACAGUCUCACUCUCCAACAAGCCCAUCUCAUCUCACCCAUUUUAAGCCACUGACUCCGGAUCAAGAUGAACCUCCCUUCAGAUCAGCCUACAGUUCUUUUGUAAGCCUUUUUCGUUUUAACAAAGAUGAUGGAAGACCAAACUCUUCAUAUCGAACAGACCUGACUCAAAGUGAACCACCGGUUAGAGAAGAAAUUUGGACCAGCCACCAAAGUGACGACCAAACAUAUUUAAGAUCAUCAUCACCCUACAAAAAGCAACAUGCAAGGGAAAACCCACGGAGAGCAUCUAGUGCAUCAAUGGUCAAAUCUCAAGGUGCAGGUGGUCCAAGAAAACCAGACGUGUCAAUGGGAAGCCAUGAUCCUCGAACAGCAGUACAACUGAGGAGCCUUACAACAGUUCUGAAGCGCUUGAAAGAAAUAAUGGAGGGAAGAAGCCAGGAUACUGAUCUGAAGCAGUACUGGAUGCCAGAUAGUCAGUGUAAAGAGUGUUAUGAUUGUAAUGAGAAGUUUACCACCUUCAGACGUCGACAUCAUUGCCGUUUGUGUGGACAGAUCUUUUGCAGUCGUUGUUGCAAUCAAGAAAUACCUGGGAAAUUCAUGGGUUAUGCUGGUGAUCUUCGAGCUUGCACUUACUGUCGUAAAAUAGCUUUGAACUAUGCACAUUCCACAGACAGCAGUUCCAUCGGUGAAGAUCUAAAUGUUUUGACUGACUCAAUGUAUUCUGUAUCCAUAUUGGAUCCAGUCGAACCUAGAACUCCUGUAAGUGGAAGAAAAGUCAUCAAAAAUAUAUUUUUGGAAGAAGACCUCGUGUGGCAGAGCUUGGGUCACCAGGAUUCUCAGAGUAAUUUGACAACACGUCUCCCAACUGUGCAGGAGGAUGUAGGAAAGUCACCUGCACGAAAAAGGUCUGUAAGCAUCACCAAUCUUUCUUUGGACCGGUCAGCUUCACCCAUGGUUCCUUCAUAUGACAGCUCGAUCAGCCCUCAAGCUUCUCGGGCAUAUGUUAAAACUGACCCCAAUGAAGAUGAAAGAAAAAUUCUUCUGGACUCUGUGCAACUCAAAGACCUGUGGAAGAAAAUUUGCCAUCACAGCACUGGCAUGGAGUUUCAGGAUCAUCGAUACUGGUUGCGAACUUAUCCUAAUUGCAUUGUAGGAAAGGAACUGGUGAACUGGUUGAUUAGAAAUGGACAUAUUACUACACGAGCUCAGGCAAUUGCCAUUGGUCAGGCAUUAGUGGAUGGACGAUGGUUUGACUGUGUAACUCAUCAUGAUCAGCUCUUCAGGGAUGAAUAUGCCUUGUAUAGGCCUUUGCAAAGUACAGAGUUUUCUGAGACACCGUCUCCAGACAGUGAUUCAAUGAAUUCGGUGGAAGGCAAUUCUGAACCGUCAUGGUUUAAGGACAUCAAGUUUGAUGACAGUGAUACUGAGCAGAUGCAGGAUGAUGGAGAAGAAAUCAUGCAAAGCUUUUCCAGCCCUAGCAAACGUACAUCAGUAAGCAGCUUUCAGUCAGUCGUGGACAGCGACUCUGCAGCUUCUAUCAGCCUAAAUGUGGAACUGGACAAUGUCAACUUUCAUAUCAAGAAACAUUCCAAGUACCCGUAUGUCCCAACACAUCCAGCAGAUCAGAAAGAGUUCUUGGUAUCUGAAGAUGGAGUGCAACAGGUCAUUGGCAUAAGUGAUGCUUUUAUUAAAGAAUCUCUCUUUAAUCGUCGUGUUGAAGAAAAGUCCAAAGAUCUUCUUUUUACACCACUUGGUUGGCAUCACAGUUCCCUGGAACAUCUUAGGGAAGAAAAUGGCGAGAAACAAGCAAUGGAGAGAUUACUUUCAGCUAACCAUAGCCAUAUGAUGGCCUUGUUGCAGCAACUGCUAUAUAGCGAGUCCCUCUCACUAUCCUGGAGAGACAUAAUUGUUCCUGUGGUCCGCCAGGUUGUACAGGCUGUGCGUCCGGAUGUCAAGAACAAUGAUGAUGACAUGGAUAUCCGCCAAUUUGUUCAUAUAAAAAAGAUACCAGGUGGUAAAAAGUUUGAUUCUGCAGUGGUUAAUGGGUUCGUUUGUACCAAGAACAUAGCCCAUAAAAAGAUGAACCCUCACAUAAAAAAUCCAAAGAUUCUGCUGUUGAAAUGCUCUAUUGAAUACCUCUAUCGAGAGGAGACGAAGUUUACAUGCAUAGAUCCCAUUGUCCUACAGGAAAGAGAAUUUCUGAAGAAUUAUGUGCAACGAAUAGUGGAUGUUCGACCAAAUCUGGUUCUUGUGGAAAAGACUGUUUCUCGUAUUGCUCAAGAUAUGCUUCUGGAAAAUGGAAUUACCCUAGUGAUAAACGUAAAACAACAAGUGCUAGAGCGAGUGAGUCGUGUUACCCAGGGUGAUUUGGUCAUGUCAAUGGACCAACUUCUUACAAAGCCUCGUCUUGGAACAUGCCAUAAAUUUUUCCUUCAACCAUUCCAACUACCUAAUGGUCACAUAAAGACACUCAUGUUUUUUGAAGGUUGUCCCCAACAUUUGGGCUGUACUGUGAAGCUGAGGGGUGCUUCAGAAUAUGAGUUAGCAAGAGUGAAAGAAAUUAUUAUAUUCAUGAUCUGUGUAGCUUAUCAUUCUCAACUGGAGCUUUCUUUUCUCAUGGAUGAGUUUGCCAUGCCUCCAAGUUUAUCUAAAAGUGGAUCAAUUCAUUCCAUUAUUGAUGGUGAGACUGCUGAAAAUGAUGGACAGGACUUGUUUACUGAUGAGAACUUUGGCAGUCUUUCCAAAGACUCUGAUGGUCCAAUUGAAGACAUUUCCUUGGGAUCUGAAUUUGCUCCAACUGCCAGUUUUGACUAUCCAAAAGAUAAUACGUUUUGUGAAGAAGAGAAGCCAUUGAGAAGAAGUGUUUCCAGAGACAGUAUUUUUGUAAAACCUGAGGGCUCCACACUUGAUAUGGCCCCUCCAGAUUUUGAGGCACCUUUUCUUGACCCUCCUUUGACAUCAUCUGUCCAUGCCCCUGUAAUAGACUCCAUCUUAUCUGAAAACAAGAAAGACCAAGGGCCUUCAGACACUUACCAUGCAUUCUUACGUGAACAACCCAGUUUGUUAAAUAAUCCUGAACCAUCUGUCGGAAACAGGCCUAAACGUUUCCGUGAUCCCCUUCAGGAUGAUACAGAUCUAUUCAUUACUGAACAUGUUACUUCCUCUGAAGAUAGGUUGAAAUCCUACUCUGUUGCAUUCAAGCAGGAACUUAAAGAUGUCAUUCUUUGCAUAUCUCCUUUUAUUACUUUCAAAGAGCCUUUCCUAUUGACUGAGAAAGGUAUGAAGUGUCCAACAAGAGGUUACUUCCCAGAACAAGUCUAUUGGUCCCCUCUCUUGCACAAAGAUAUAAAGGAAAUAGAAUGCAGGAGGAAGAAACAACUACUAAAGGACUUGACAAACCUUCAGAGUCUGAAUGGUAAUAUGCAGGCAAAAAGCACUCAAAUUCUUCCAUCUCAUGAUCUGCUGAGUACCAGAAUAACUCAUUCCUUAGGAAAUGACCAGAGCUUGUCAAAGCUUUUAGCUGAUUAUCGAGCUAGAGGUGGUAGGAUCAAGAACAAACUGGACGAUCAUUUUUUGCAGAGCAAAGAGGAUAACAGUAAAUCAGCCAUGAAAAAUGGGGAAGAGGAAAUCCCACGAGGGCAAACCCAAAAUGAGUUUGUGUGGGCGUCAAAGUUUGGAGAUUUUAUUUUCGCCCUAAAUCCAAGCUACAGUGAGCUAAAUGCUAAAAAGAGUUUAAAAUCCAUCAGCUCGUAUUUCCUAAAUGGUUCAAUGUUGUUUAUUUUAGAUGACGGUGAUGGAGACAAACAAAAGAAGCAACUUGGAAACCCACACGUGGAACUUCAAUUUUCCGAUGCCAAUGCCAAGUUUUACUGUAGAAUUUAUUAUGCUGAAGAAUUCCACAAAAUGCGAGAAGUGAUUUUGGCUAGUAAUGAGGAUGACUUCAUCCGAUCUCUGUCUCACUGUGCGCCAUGGCAAGCCCGAGGAGGCAAAUCGGGAGCAGCCUUUUAUGCUACAGAAGAUGACCGCUUUAUUCUGAAGCAGAUGCCUCGACUGGAAGUCCAGUCUUUCUUGGAUUUUGCUCCUCAUUAUUUUACUUACAUUACAACUGCUGUUCAGCAAAAGAGACCGACAGCAUUGGCCAAAAUUCUGGGGGUAUAUCGCAUAGGCUACAAAAACUCUCAGAAUAAUACAGAAAAGAAACUUGAUCUUUUGGUUAUGGAGAACCUCUUCUAUGGAAGAAAGAUGGCUCAGGUUUUUGACUUAAAAGGUUCUUUAAGGAAUCGAAACGUUAAAACUGAAACUGGAAAAGAGACAUGUGAUGUUGUAUUACUGGAUGAAAACCUAUUAAAAAUGAUUCGUGAUAACCCUCUUUACAUUCGAUCACAUUGUAAAGCUGUGCUACGGGCAUCCAUUCACAGUGAUGCAUAUUUCCUGUCCAGUCAUCUCAUAAUUGACUAUUCCUUGCUUGUGGGCCGAGAUGAUUUUACAAAUGAGUUGGUUGUUGGAAUUAUCGAUUAUAUCAGGACGUUUACUUGGGAUAAGAAACUUGAAAUGGUGGUAAAGUCUACAGGAAUCUUAGGUGGACAAGGAAAAAUGCCAACUGUAGUUUCCCCAGAGCUUUAUAGAACAAGAUUCUGUGAAGCAAUGGACAAGUAUUUCUUGAAGGUCCCAGAACAUUGGACAGGCCUCGGUGUGAGCUGCUGAAAAGACAGGCAGUAUUCAGGACAAUGUUGGAAUAAACUGCUCAAUGGCAUCACUGGAUGAAUGCUAUGGAAGGAGUGAACAUGUGGAUUUUUCAUUUCAACAUAGACAGCACUGAGGCAGAAAACACUCUACAUAUAGGUUUUAUUACAAUAUUGCAUCAGAACAGAAAAUAAUUCUGUUUCAGUGGGGAAAAAAAUCUUAAUUUUUACAUUAAUUUUGAGUAGAUGAAAGCCACUGUUUCACAAAACAACAGUGUACUUAGCAUUUGAAAUGGUCCUACUUGAGGGACAUGAAUGAGACCUGCAAAACUUGAACUGUAUUUCCAUUAUAACAUGCUUAAAAUAAAGCAUUAUUUAAUAGUGCAACUAAUUGCAGGGUUUACCUUACAAAAAAAGCACAAAGUGCUGCUCUCAAAUAUUUAGUUCAGUACUCAUACACUGCACACAUACACUGUAGAUGCUAUUUAUAUUACCUUUGUUAGCUAUAGAAAAAAGGCAUGUGUUAAAUGGGGCAUUUUAUAUACAGAUUGUCUGCCUGACUCUUUGAGAGCUAUAAAAUACUUAUCGUUUCAUUGUUCAUAUUAAGAAUAUAUACCUGUAAGUAAAAGAUUGGAAAAGUUUGUGUUUAUGUGACACUCCCAUUGCAAUAUGUUGCUGCAGGGCCAUCAAAAUUCAAUCAAGUUUUGAAAUUUCAUAAUUGUUGCCAUGAAUUUUAAAGAAUAUUCCAACUGCAGUAUUUGCCCACAUGGUGCACUUUGUAGAUUUUUUUUUUCCUAACACGGGUACAGAGAUUUGUAAAUAGAAAUAGUUACAAGUGACAAAUUGUGUUUUCAGUUUUUUGCCUUCCAAAUUCAUGCAAGUGACUUUAUAUAAUAAAUAACUUGAAUUAAUUAUAAUUCAGGCGAAUUUGACAACUGCUAGUGAUGCACUUUGAAAAGCUGUUUUUGAUCAUGCUUCAAAAUAGAUGGUGUCCAACACAUCUUUGAACUGAAUUUACUAGGUUGUUUUUAGAGGAUUGUCUAAGAGAAACUAACUACCACCAAAACUAUCUCUAGAAAUCUGGAGCACUAAUGUACAAUAAAUCUUCAAAUUCAAUAAGGUGUUUUAUAAUGUUCAAAAUGCAUUUGUUACUUGAGAUUAUAUUGGUACUUUUGACAAUAACUGUGUGCUACUGAAUAAAACAAUAAAAUAUGACAAACAGUG